GACCUGACAUUUCGCGACCUUGAAUAUGAAACGCUUAAUGGCUUCUCCGAAAAGUUCCAUAUUUCGCCCUUAUCGCUCUUUAUCUUUUUUUAUACUCCUACAAUAAACUUAAAGACGCCUUGCUAUUCCGGUUUUUGAACUGCCUAAUGUUAGUUGGAUUGGGAAAAGUAUCCUCAGGUAGAUUGAUCCACGAUCUCGAUACCCUAGGAACGUAGGAGCGGUCGUACUGGCCAGCUGGCGAUGUGAUUGUAACAAUAAUGCCUUUACUGACUCAUUCAUGCUACAGCACGAAGUUUAGAAAGCUGGAUACUCUACCACAUAACCUUAAAGCCAAGAACAAAUUUGUCCAGUGUCAUCUCUAUCAUUUCACGAUGUAUCUCUAUGCCUCAUGCUGAAACUGUCGUCCGUCUUCUGUCUGUACCCCAAAUCCAAAGUAAUAACCUAUACAGACUGGGGCGCUCUAUUUUCCUGAAAUGGAACUUUCAAACAGGAUAA